UUUCUCUCUACUUUUCAUCACCGUUUAAAUUUAUUGUAAAGCGAAGUGAACUCGAAACAAUCUCCGUACCUUUUACUUUUGUCACAUAAUGUCUUUAAAUCAGUGGAGACAAUUCAACUUUUUUGAUAAACAGCAAGUAACAGACUCUAAUGAUCAUGGAAAGACUCCUGCAGUAUUUCAAAAACAUGACCUCUUGGUUUCAGGCAAUGUUCACAUUAUAGAUCGUACCUUCAAGUCCAGAAUGUUCAUAGCCUAUGAUGGCGGACGUGUUACUCAUUUAAAGCAACUUAAGCAAAAGAAUAUCCUUGUCACGAUUGGAGAGGAUGAUACACAAUCCGGCAUACCCAUACUCAAGUUCUGGGAUCUGGAUGCACUAAAGUCAACAGAAGUAUCGGAUGAUAUUAUUAUACCUACACUUUUACGAACCAUCAAGAUACAACAUGGAGGAAAACCAUAUCCAGUAUCUACAUUCGUUAUCUUGGAAAACAUGUCACAGUGUGCUGUGGGGUUGGCUAAUGGUGUAGUGAUUUCGAUACGUGGUGAUUUAUCAAAAGAUAAGACAGUUAAACAAAAGGUGAUCUAUGAAGGCGAUGAGCCUAUUACUGGAUUAGGAUUUCGUGAGCAGACCAAGUCAACUAUCUUGUUUAUUGUUACAACCAACAAUAUCAUGUCCUAUAACACAUCUGCUGCAAAGCCUACUGUGACAAUACUUGACGAACAAGGCUGUGGGCUUGGAUGUGCAGUCAUGAAUGAUCAACAAGAAAUAGUGAUUGGUCGUGAUGAAGCCAUCUACUUUUAUGAUCCAACUGGAAGAGGACCUUGUUUUGCUUAUGAUACUCCCAAGUCAUCAUUAACCUGGUUUAAAUCAAAUUAUCUAGUCAUCGUAUCUCCUCCUGUUACAACCUCCUCUGCAGGAACGCGCAGUUCACUUCAUUUUAACUCCUCGAAAAGGACAAUAGCAAGCUCAAACGAACUAACCAAAGUGGCCAUCUUUGAUACGGCUAAUAAAUUUAUUGCGCAUGUAGGCACAUUCAUGGGCGGUAUCCGAGGAAUAUUUUGUGAGUGGAAUUCUAUUUGGGUUGCUUGUACAGAUGGCAGGCUUUAUCGUUUGGAUGAGAAAGAUACCCCUACGAAAUUAGAGAUACUAUUUAAGUUAAAUCUUUAUGUCUUGGCCAUCAAUUUAGCUCAUAUGCAAAAGUACGAUGAUACUAGUAUCGCAGAAAUAUUCAAAAAGUAUGGUGAUCAUUUGUAUCAAAAGGGUGAUUAUGAUGGUGCAAUGGAACAGUAUAUAAGAACUAUAGGACAAUUGGAGCCUUCAUAUGUGAUUCGAAAGUUUUUGGACGCUCAAAGAAUAUACAACUUGACAAAUUAUCUUCAAGAGCUCCAUUCUAAAGGCUUGGCUAAUACCGAUCAUACAACUCUGCUAUUAAAUUGCUAUACAAAACUAAAGGAUGUAUCUCGACUUGACCAGUUUAUCAAGACAGACAAUGACCUCAACUUUGAUCUUGAAACAGCCAUUAAUGUCUGCCGACAAGCAAGCUACUAUGAUCAUGCUGUUUAUCUUGCAGAAAAAUUCCAAGAGCAUGGUAUGUACCUUGAUAUCAUCAUCGAAGAUAUGAAGAAAUAUUCUGCCGCUUUGGCCUACAUUCGCAAAUUGGGCCCACAUGAAGCAGACCGACAUUUACAAAGAUACAGUAAAACGUUAUUGCUUCACUUACCUGAAGAGACCACAGAUGUCCUUUGUGAACUUUGUACUGGCACUCUUGGAAGUGGCACCACCAACAGCAACAGUAAUGAGUCCCCAACAUCAAGUAUUGCUCACAACAUCACUGCGAAAGCAUUAUUAUCCAAUCUUCCGUUUGCAGGCAAUGAGACAACCUCACUUCACUCUGAAACGACAGAACAGCGCAAAAACAUGGCACAUAGCCGUCUAAGUUAUGCACCACCUUCUCCAAGAAAGUUCAUGCCUGCCUUUGUUGAUCGUCCAGAUCACCUUACUCGAUUCUUGGAGACAGUGUUUGAAAAGCUGUGGAGGAAUAAUGGUGAUAUAAAGUCGCCUAAAGAACAAGAAGAGCGCAAGUCGAUUUGGAAUACGCUCUUAGAACUGUAUUUGAUGAAGUCCAACAAAGAGUCCCGUCAAAAGGCAUUGGCACUGUUAAAGGAUGAAUCAGUUGAUUAUGACACCAACCAAGCGCUUGUACUUUGUCAGUUGAAGCAGUUUGAUGAAGGGAUCGUUUAUUUGUAUGAGAAAACAGGCAUGUAUACGGAUAUCUUACAUCAUUGGAUGGAAAAAGAGUCGACAGAACGAGUUAUUGAAGGUGUACGGAAAUAUGGUCCUAAAGAUGCUUCCUUAUAUCCCAUGGUCUUGUCUUACUUUUCGUCUUCACCUGAAGUCUUGGCCAAGUCAAGGCAGGAAUUACUUUCCGUAAUGAAGCAUAUAGAUGAAAAGGACUUGUUGCCUCCCAUUCAAGUGGUUCAAGCACUUUCAAGGUCAAAUGUGGCAAGUAUUGGCUUGAUCAAGGACUAUAUUGGUAAAAAGAUUGAAUACGAGCGAAAGGAACUGAAGCAGAAUGACGAGCUAAUCGAGAGUUAUCGUCAUGAGACUGAGAAGCGUAGGAAAGAGAUUGAAGAAUUGAAGACGAGUGCUCGCAUAUUUCAAGUUCAAAAGUGCUCAGGAUGUCAUGGCACCUUGGAUCUUCCAGCUGUUCACUUUUUAUGCAGACACUCAUAUCAUCAACGGUAUUUCAUAGAUUAUCAUGAAGAAGACGGAUUUGAAGUGAUUGCUGAUUACUUUUCAAAGAAUACGAUGGCCUUUGCCAAACUUAUUGAUUAAAUAUCAAGCAUACAAAGCGGCGUUAUACAUAGCUUAUCUUUUUAUGACUAUUCAUUUUAUAUUCUUUCCAUAUUAAAGGACUAAGCACUUUCUUAAAGGAAAAUUGAGUAUAGAUAUCACUGUAAGCCACGACUAACACCAUGAGCAUCGCUAUAUUUAAAACCUAUUAGAUUUUGGAGACAUUUUUGGUAUAAUUCAUUAAACUUGGCUUUGGUUAUAUUUGCAAAUGCUGGAAGUGUAGCCACACCAUCGAAAAACAAAUGUUUAUAAUUUUUUGCAACCUUGCCUAUACAAUCAGCUUGUUCUUUAGUCGGGUCUGUAAGUCCCAAAGUUUGGACGAGUGGGCUGAUAGAUA